CCCCCCCGGGCCCGCCGAUGGCCCGAGCCCCCAGCCUGCUCUUUCGGAUCGGGUACCACCUAUACACCCGCACCUGGCUGGGCUACGUCUUCUACCAGCAGCAGCUUCAUCGGGCCCGGAGGCGUUUCCCCAAUGGCCACUCCACUGCCCAGCCCCACAUCUUCAAGGGGGUGAAGGUGCUGCCCAUCCCCAUCCUGUCCGACAAUUACAGCUACCUCAUCGUGGACACCGAGGCCCGGCUGGCCGUGGCCGUGGACCCCGCGGACCCCCGGGCCGUGCAGGCCGCCAUAGAACAGGAGGGGGUCUCCUUGGUGGCCAUCCUCUGCACCCACAAACACUGGGACCACAGCGGGGGGAACCAGGAACUGAGGCGGAAAUUCAGAGCCUGUCGGGUGUACGGGAGCCCUCUGGACGGCAUCCCCCACCUCACCCACCCCCUGGGCCACCAGGACAUGGUGAGUGUGGGGCGACUGCAGAUCCGGGCCCUGGCCACGCCGGGCCACACCCGGGGCCACCUGGUGUACGUGCUGGACGGAGAGCCCUACGGAGGGCCUCCCUGCCUCUUCUCGGGGGAUCUGCUCUUCCUCUCAGGCUGCGGCCGGACGUUCGAAGGGUCGGCGGAGACCAUGCUGAGCUCCUUGGACGCUCUGCUGGCCCUGGGCGAUGACACGCUGCUAUGGCCGGGGCACGAGUACGCGGAGGAGAACCUGGCCUUCGCGGCGGCCGUGGAUCCCGAGAACUCGGAGCGGGAGAGGAAGCUGCAAUGGGUGCGGCAACAGCGAUUGGAGCGGAGGAGCACGUGUCCGUCGACCCUCGGGGAGGAGCGGGCUUAUAACCCUUUCCUGCGGACCCACUGCCCGGCGCUGCGGGAGACCCUCGGGCCCGGGCCGGCGGGCGAAGACCCCCGGACCCACCUGCUGCGGGAACUGCAACGACUCAAGGACCAGUUCAAGAGCAAGUGACCUGCUGGUGCCACGGGGACGGGGAAAGCCAGGACACCCCCCCACAACCUUCCUGACCCCCCAAAACCCUCCACGGGCACGGGGACGGAGGCCUGGUUCUCCCCUCCCGCUGCCUCGGUUUCCCCUCAUCCACCUUUUGGGGGAGAGAAACGAAGCGUUAGAGUCCGACGGGCCGGGAAAGGGAGGGGAAGGGGGAUAUCCGGACCUUCCUUGGAACCUGUCGGGUCUUUGGCAUCCAUGUACAGGCCUCAUUCCCCUCCACCUGGAACUUCUUCAUUUCUCCCAUCUCCCCCCUGAAGUAGGGAGGCCGAAGUGGAGGCUGGAUUAAUCCCUCACCAUCUGGGAAAUAAAAACCG